AUGGGCAUUGUUUGAACAAGUAUAUAAGCAGCGGCAGGCGAGAACCGUUGAUUUUAGACUUGUACGAUGCUUCAGAAUAAUGAAGUUUUACAUCUCGAAUGUUCUGGCUGUCAUGGUGGUUGUAGGCGUUAUUCUUUUGACUACAGAAAAUCAAGGCCCACAGACUGUGCUCGCUGUGCCUCUUCCAGGGUCUUCUGCAAGUAGGCCUCGUUCCAGACGUAGUGGUCCGCUGGAAGGUGUGCCACGAUAUCGUCCUCACUUUCAUAAAAACAAUGACACACGUCAUCAGCGGUCCCGCCGGGACAGUGGAUUUUCAACCAAUGUUACUCACGUAGGAGGGCCUAAACCUCGACCGAAACGGUCCCACGGACCGUCACUCGGAAUUCGAAGUCCUCCAGCUGCCGACGCUGUGCCUCUUCCGCGGAAUUAUGCAAGCACGCUCCCUCGCAUGAGUAAGCCUUCGAAGGAGUCUCCUGUAUUGCUUUACCGCCCCCACUUUCCACAAAAUGAGAGUCAUCAUUACCGUAACUACCACCCCCGCCCCCCUGAAAGCCACCAACAGCAUCAUCGCCGUCAUGAACAACAGCACGGGCAACAGCAACAUGGAAUUCCAACCAACAGGAUUCACCAUGGGCUAUUUGCGAUUUUGUUCACCUUCAAAUGUGGGAUCAGCAAUGGAAACGUGGAUACUGAAAAAAUGUGAGGUUGACAAAGCAGGGAAGCUGCUGAAGGCCGUAAAGAAGUGCGCGGAGAAUCAACACUGCUCCUCACGGCGUAGAGUAUAUUCAAAAUCGAUGUACAAACCGCUCGCCAUACGCCACGUUAAGUCCAUUUUACGUACUUCUCGCAAAACCCAAGGAAACGUCUGAAAUCAUCGCUUAAUAAGUAGCUGGCUGGUACGUACGUGCACAUUAUAUACGAAUGCUGAAUGAUAGUAUCAGAACAAGACGCAGUAAAUGUAAAUGUAUGAAUAAGCAAAAAUCCAGUAGUACCAAGCGCGCAUAUCAAGAGCCGCAACGCGGUUUUCUCCAGAGAUGCAAAUUCUAAUGCUUAAACAUCUACUUAAUUGGAUCAAGAGAGGAU